GAUUGAUGGACGAUUCAAUAACCUUGUUGCUCUGCAGCGGAUGGGCAUCUAUCUUGAUUUGGAAGAGAUGUACAGAGAAAACGGCUUAAUGGAUAUUCACGGUCGAAUACAGCCGAUCGAUCGCUAUAAUAUUGAUAGUAUUGAUGAUAAGAAGGCGUCGCGUGAGCAGCCACGAUUCACGGUUGAUAAUGGUCAAACCGUUUACGCCGUUGAUAUUGUUACUUCCGUUACUGUGGAAUUUGGCGAGAAAAAUCCCAUUGAGUUUUUGGUAUGCGCUGACUUGCAUCUGUUCGAGAACGUGAUAAACUACGAGAACUAUCCACCAUUGCAAAUGAUGUUCGCGCUGAAGGAGUUCAAUGCUGGGAAGUUGGAUACUCACCUCUGGUUCUUUGAGGGAUUUGCACAUCAUAUGUUAGUGUCGGGUGCCGGGGUCGAACCCGGGUGGUUGCUCACUCUCAACUCAGGCACUCGCCCAGAAGAGACUUCCAUAGUAAAGUUGAUUAAUGCCAUGGAUAAGGACCGCAACGUCGCUGGAUGUUGCGGUGAGAUUACUGUAGACAAGGCCUUAGCACCGAGAAAUGUAUUCUAUAACUGGUACGUCGCAUCGCAGGAUUUCGAAUACAAAGUCGGCAACUGCCUCGACAAGGCCUUCGAGUCUGUCUGUGGUUACAUCAGCGUCCUUCCUGGUGCAUUCUCGGCCUAUCGCUGGUCCGCGCUGUCACCGCCUGAGCUCGGGCCAACAUCAGAUAAGCGCCCGAUAGUCCCCUACUUUAAAUCAGUGACGCAUGGAGGAGUAAUAAAUCCCUUUUAUGGAAACAUGUACCUUGCUGAAGAUCGAAUCCUCGCCCUUGAGUUGGUAUGCAGUCGCACGGCCGCUAAUACUUUGAAAUACGUCAAGAACUCUGUUGCAGUUACCGACGUCCCUGAUAGUUGUGCUACUCUGACCAAACAGCGUCGUCGAUGGAUGAACGGAUCGUUCUUUGCGCAGAUCUUCGCCCUGUGGCAAGGGCUACUGCUAUUUAGGAUAUUCACGACGAGGCAUUCGUGGUAUAGGAAGCUGAUACUCAUGAAUGAGUUGUUGUUCUUCGCUUUGAAUACGAUAUUGACGUGGUUUCUGGUGGGCAUCUUUUAUCUCACAUUCACCAUUUUGUGGAACUCCUUUCUGAUUAACGGAGGAUCGUUGAGAUUCGAAGGAGCUGAUGCUGUAUAUAUUGUUAUACAGUUCAUAUAUUUGAUAUUAAUGUUCACCACGUUCUUACUAGCGAUGGGUACUCAGCCAGAUUCGCCGAGGAGAUCGUUGCGCGCACUUUACAAGCUCAUCUCAUUGGUCUUCGGCGUGUUCAUGUUAGCCACUUUUGCUGUAGCCGUUUACAACGUGGUUGUAUCGACUCGUAUCGUCCUCAUGGCCAUUGGCUUGGCUGCGGUACUGAGUUAUAUCCUGGUUGCGGUACUUCAUGGGGAGGGAGUGCAUGUCCUGUUGACCUACCUACAGUACACUUUCAUGUCGCCGACUUACAUAAAUAUAUUUCAAACAUUCGCCUUCUGCAACACACACGAUCUCUCGUGGGGAACGAAAGGCUUGGAUAGCAAUGACGUCUCGCAGAAGGACGUACAGGCAAAGAGGAAUGAGUUCAGAACUUACCUCGUUCUUUGUUGGGCAAUCACUAACUUGGCUCUCAUAUAUGGCAUUACGAGCCCGACUGAUGGGACGUCUGGUUCGGCGACAGUGUUGGCGAUUUCAGCCGACGGCUUUUUGUACUUUGUUCUUGGUACGGUGGUCUUCUUCAAUGGAGUGAAAUCAUUGGGCUCUUUGUUGUUUCUGGUACAAUAUUGGUUCGGGAGAUGCUGUUGUUGCUUCUCAUGCGGCGGUGGCCCUUCGGCUGAAUCGACCGCUGAUGAGAAUGUGAAGAACGAAUGGAAGGCUUAUAGACAGAACGAAAAGAUCGCUUCUGGUGGUGGUGGCUCUGAAGUAUUGAUAAAUCUUACAAUCUUACAUUUCCUCAACGACGAUAUUUAUCUCAGCGCUCCUCCGAUUGGCGUCAGGGAACCCCACAUGAUCCUAAGCGAGGAAAGCCGAAUACUGCUGCUGCUGUCACUCCUGGCCCCGCAGUGUCGGACAGGGUUUGAUAGUAGGCAGCAUAGUUGAAACGAUAAUUACUACCGUUAUUUGGUAUAUCGACAAUUUGUAUCACGUUCAUUA